UAACCUACGUAGCAACGAAACAAAAAAUUCGAGAAUCGAGUACACAUCGGAUCCCGACCCGUAAACCCGAAUUCACUCUGCUCUCAACAAGUAAUCAUCUCUCCUCUCUUCCCCUCAACGCCCCCAAUUCUAUUAACCCUAAUUUUAUAAAAUUAAAUAUUUUUUACUUUCUUUUUGUAAUUUUUAAAAUUAUUUUUUUAUUAUUAUUUUGGCAAAACCCUAGUUCCGUACUGUCUUCGAUUUCCAUGCAAAAUGAAUUGAGUUGAAUUUAUUUUUUUCGAUUUGUUGAAGCUAGGGUUUCAAGAUUGUUGGGAACCCUAGUUUUUUUUCCUUUUUUGAUGUUUUUGUUGAAGAUGUUUCGGUGAUUUUGCUGGAUAUUUUCAGGUUUUUUUGAUACGAUUUGGUUUGAUUUUAUGUAUGGCUUCACAUGCCGAUGAAGAAUUGAAUUUGAGGAAAAGGUUACGUUGGGGAAGCCCUAUUAAAGUUUAUACCCGGAAACGUCGAAAGAUUCAAAUUAAUAAUGAUGAUAUUGUCCCCGUUUCUACAGCCAUCGCUGCCGCACCCCCGAAAUACUCAAAAUCGUCGGAGGAGCGGUUGCAGCACCGUCAGGAGGAGGAGGGAGAAACUCAGUUGAGAGAUUCUUCGCCUAUUUAUUUUGAAAGUGGCAGGGAUAGAAUUGGAUCACCGGUAGAUUUAGAUGGUAGAGAUGUGGCUGAGGAUAGUUGUCUCCCAAUUGUGGAUCCUAAUAAUGGUGGGGAAAUCCGGGAUGAAGAGGCGGGUGGCGAAGAGGCUGCAAUGCAGAGAUAUAGGGAUGGAUCAGCUAGAAGGCGUGUUGACCCGGAGGCGAUAGUUGAGCCUUUAAUUUCUAGGGUUGAAGAUAGAAUUAGGAUUAAUUUAACGGGGGCGAGAUCAAGAGAUGAGAUUAUAGAUCUUAGGAGCGUGUUAGAGGGUGAGCUUGAUCAGAUUAGGAGUUUAGUUGCGAAGGUUGAAGCUAAGGAGCUUCAGCUGACUAUGCAUAACACUAGUACUAAUGUUGGUAGGAUUAGCGGUUUUCGUAGUUGUGCUGUUAAUUCAUAUAGUCGACCAGAAUAUAUUGAUAAUGGUGUGAUGAAUGGUAGGUCUUUAGUGCCAGUGAAUUCGGAGGUGGAUUUGGUGGGGCUUCCUGAAUCAGCACCAUUCCAGCCACCAGGGGGUGUAGUUGCGGAAAGCAAUAACGGGGUUGCUGAAUUUGUGGAGAAGGAGAAGAGGACCCCGAAAGCUAAUCAGUAUUAUGCUAAUUCGGAGUUUCUACUUGGGAAGGAUAGACUGCCUAUGGAAAGCAAUAAAAAAUUGAAGCCAAAUGGUGCUGGGAGGAAGCACAAUGGUCAGUCAGAGCAGGGGUAUCCAUUUGGCUUUGGCUUUGGCUUUGAUAAACAUAGAAAUCAGGUGUUUAAGAGAUGCGGCAACCUACUUCAGAGGUUAUUGAAACACAAGCAUGCUUGGGUGUUUAAUGCGCCAGUGAAUGUGGAGGCUCUUAGGCUGCAUGAUUAUCAUGAUAUUAUCAAGCAUCCUAUGGAUUUGGGCACUAUUAAAACUAGGCUAUCUCAAAAUUGGUACAAGUCUCCCAGGGACUUUGCUGAGGAUGUAAGACUUGUCUUUCGUAAUGCCAUGACAUAUAAUCCUAAAGGACAUGAAGUUCAUGUUAUGUCGGAAGAGUUGUUAAAGAUUUUUGAAGAUAAGUGGGCAGUUAUAGAGGUCGAGUUUAAUCCCGAUUGGAGGUAUCAAAUGUAUUACGAUGCAUGUUUGCCUACCCCCCCUGCAAGAAAGGUCCAUCACCCUUCUCUCUUUGCCCGUGCUUCUGUAACUUCUCAUGUCGCUCCAUAUGCUUCCCAAGUAAGGACUUUGGAAAGGUCUGAGUCAAUGACUGGACCAGCUGAUUUCCGGUCCAAGCCGUCACGUGUUGCUCAUGUUGGUAGGAGACCUGUUCCGAAGAAACCUAAAGCAAAUGAUCCCAAUAAAAGGGAUAUGACCUAUGAAGAAAAACAGAGGCUCAGCACACAUCUUCAGGAGUUACCUUCAGAUAAGCUUGAUGCUAUUGUUCAGAUUAUUAAGAAGAGGAAUGCAACAUUUAGUCAACAAGAUGAUGAGAUUGAAAUAGACAUUGACAGUGUUGAUGUGGAAACCCUCUGGGACCUUGAUAGGUUUGUGACCAAUUACAAAAAAAACUUAAGCAAGCAGAGAAGAAAGGCCGAACUUGCUUUGAGAGCCAGAGGAAGUGUACAGACUGCCCCAGUUAUGAAUUUUGCUCCUAUGGUUGCUGGUGCAAUGAUCAGUAAUAUCCGUGAAAAUAACACUAGUGCUCCUGCUACAAAUGCAGAAGCUGGAAGACAGGCGGAUAAUGCAAGUGGGUCUAGUAGUUCAGGCAGUUCUAGCAGUGAUUCGGGGUCAUCCUCAAGUGAUUCCGAUACUGAUAGUUCCUCUGGAUCCGAAUCAGAAGCGGGCCAUUGAUGGGAAAUGCCAUGUAGCGCAGGUGAUGAGUCGGUUAGCUAGUGCCUCAACUUUUUUGUUAUUUCUUGCAGACUUGCACCUUUUUUGUGGUUGGUUUGGCUCUUGCAAAUUCUUUCGCUGAUGUUGUUGAUUAAAUUAUUGAAGGUUGGCAUAUGGUGGUUUGGGUGGGGGAGGGACUUGAUUUGAUGGUGUAUGCGACACUAGUCCUUAAAUAUUUUCAGAUAAGAUUGUUGAGGACUAAAUAGUUGUAAAGCUACCCUAUUUAACAUAUCUUAUUACUAGUUAUAUUUUUAAUUAAAAAGAUGACUUAUGGAAUAAAUAAUGGGGAAAAGGGCCAAAAUUACCAUUCAACUUUAGAAAAAAUUGGCUAAUGUACUCUUUGUCAUAUUUUUCAGCCAAAUUUACCCUCUUUGUUAAGAACUUUCUCAUCUUUACCCUUCCUUUAACAAAAAUGCCAAAUCAACGUUAAAUGCUCCGUUUUUUAAAAAUAAAACACACCCUACUUUAAUUCGACCCACAAAAGGACAAACAAAUAUACCUUCCUUCAGUUUUGUUGGUCAAAUUUUCCCGACGAGAUUAGGCCACUGGAUAUAUCAGUACAUAGCUCAUGAAAAGUGUAUCAGUGCAAAUACAAACAAAUAUACCCCUCCCUCUGUUUAUGGAUUUGCAUCAGUGCAGAGCCCAUGGAAAAUGACACUUAGC